UGUGAUUUGACACUAGGAUCCUAAAACCGUCUAGAUUUAGAUCAGCAAAUAUGUUUAUGCUUCGUUGUUCAACUUUCAGGACUGUUGAAGUUUGUAGGAGUUUCUGUUGAAAUGGGAGGAAGCUAGUCCUAUCUUCUCUUUGUCAUUACUCUUCAUUUAUACAACAGCGCCUGUUUCUAGACAAAUGGGAGAGAGAGGUGCAGUGUACCUUAGGUCUGUCUCUGAAGAUCUGGGUUGCAGACGUGGAGACUUUAGCAGAAAGCAUUAUGGAUCUGUGGAGCUUCUUAUAUCUAGUGAUGCUGAUGGAGCCAUUCAAAGAGCUGGGCGGUUCCGUGUGGAAAAUGGCUCCUCUGAUGAGAAUACAGACUACACACCGGGUACAUGGCACAGAACAGAUGUGCAUUUGGAAAACCCAGAGUAUCACACAAGAUGGUAUUUCAAAUAUUUUUUAGGGAAAGUUCAUCAGAAUUAUAUAGGUACAGAUGCAGAGAAGAACCCUUUCUUUCUGUCUGUUGUACUGUCUGACCAAAAUAAUCAGCGCAUUCCUCAAUAUCAUUCAAUACUUUGGAGAAAAACAGGUACUCAGAAAAUAUGUCUCCCUUAUAGUCCCACAAAAACAUUAUCAGUGAAAUCUAUAUUAAGUGCUAUGAGUCUUGAUAAAUUUGAGAAGAGCCCAAGGGAAAUUUUUCAUCCUGAGAUACAAAAGGAUUUAUUGGUUCUUGAAGAGCAAGAGGGAUCUGUGAAUUUUAAAUUUGGAGUCCUUUAUGCUAAGGAUGGUCAGCUAACAGAUGAUGAAAUGUUCAGUAAUGAAACUGGAAGUGAAAGCUUUCAAAGAUUUUUGCAUCUCUUGGGUGACACAGUUACUUUGAAAGGCUGGACAGGCUACAGAGGAGGACUGGACACUAAAAAUGAUACAACAGGAACCUGUUCCAUCUAUACAAUUUUUCAAGGGCACGAAAUUAUGUUCCAUGUUUCAACUAUGCUACCAUAUUCUAGAGAGAACAAGCAGCAGGUAGAAAGGAAGCGACAUAUUGGAAAUGACAUUGUCACUAUAGUAUUUCAGGAAGGUGACGAGUCUUCUCCAGCAUUCAAGCCAUCCAUGAUUCGCUCUCAUUUUACACAUAUUUUUGCUUUAGUGAGAUACAAUAAGCAGAAUGAUAGUUACAGGCUGAAAAUAUUUUCAGAAGAAAGUGUUCCUCUCUUUGGGCCUCCCCUUCCAUCCCCACCUGUGUUUACAAAUCACCAGGAAUUCAGGGAUUUUGUGUUGGUGAAAUUAAUAAAUGGGGAAAAAGCCACCUUGGAAACACCAACAUUUUCUCAGAAACGUCAACGCACUCUAGACAUGCUGAUCCGCUCUUUAUACCAAGACAUGAUGCCUGAUCUACACAGGGUAAAUAACAUGCUCAAUAGAAGGUCCUUCAGUGAUGUGUUACCAGAGUCCCCAAAAUCAACACGGAAGAAAGAGGAAGCUCGACAAGCAGAGUUUGUUCGGCUCGGUCAGGCACUGAAAUUGAAAACCACUGUGAAAGGGGAUACCACAGCUCACUUGGCAACCACAAGCUUUUGUAAAAAGGAGCCUUGGGAAUCUCAAUCUUUCUGCAGUAAUUUUCCUCAUGAGGUUGUCUGUGCAGAUUCUUGGGGCCAGUCCUUGCUGGUUUCUACAGAUGCUGGCAUCUUGUUAAUAGAUGAUGGUCAACCGUCAGUGCAAGUAUUUGAUAAAACUCUCCAGAUAAAGCAGAUGCAUGUUUUGGAAGCUCUGGAUCUUUUGAUUGCCCGAACAGACAAAGGGAAGGACUCUCGUCUCCUUGUCUUCAGACUCAGUGCUGUCCAAAAAGAUAUAGAGACAAAGCAAAUUAUAAGAAGCAAAUACGACUGCAGAGAAAAUAAACUAGAGAGAACAAAAGGCUGCCAUUUGUAUGCCAUAAAUACUCACCAUGGAAGUGAACUGAGGAUUGUUGUGGCUAUUCGAAACAAACUACUUCUUGUCACAAAGAAAUAUAAUCCACACCACAGUUUAACCAGCAGCUCUGUGCUCUCAUCACCUGAAUCUCCAGUAGAGGAGUUCCAGUACAUCCGGGAAAUAUGCCUUUCUGACCCUCCAGUGGUUAUGACGCUGGUGGACGGACCUACCGGAGAGAGUGACAAUAUGAUCUGUGUAGCCUAUCGGCACCAGUUUGACUUAGUCAAUGAGAGCACGGGAGAGUCCUACAGACUGCAUCAUGUUGAAACAAAUAAAGUUAAUUUUGUUGCGGCUAUUGAUGUAUAUGAAGAUGGUGAAGCUGGUCUACUGUUGUGUUAUAACUAUGUUUGCCAAUACAGAAAGGUAUAUCCUUUCAGUGGAGGUUCUCUGCUGAUCCAGCCAUCAGCUUAUGACUUCCACUUCAGCUGGAAUCAAGUUCCUUAUGCUGUUGUCUGUGCUUUCCCUUAUAUCCUUGCUUUCACUACUGAUUCCAUUGAGAUCCGACUAGUGGUGAAUGGGAACUUAGUCCACACAGCAGUUGUGCCUGAGCUUCAACUUGUAGCAUCAAGGUCAGACAUUUAUUUUAAAGCAACUGCUGCAGUAAGUGGAUCAUCAGACAGCAGCUCUAAGGAAAUGAGUUCAAAGAGUUCUCCUCAAACACCGACAGCUUACGAAAAGCCAGAAUGUCCUCUUUCUUCUCUAGAAGGUGAAAUUCCAUGCAGAAACCUGUACAAAAUUCCUCUCAGCAAUCUGGUUGGGCGAAGCAUUGAACGACCUCUGAAGUCACCUUUGGCUCCCAAGGUCAUCGCUACUACAACAUCCAGUGGCAUUGCCUCACUUCCAGUUACACACUCACUAUCCUUAUCUCGUAUGGAAAUUAAAGAAAUUGCAAGCAGAACACGUAAAGAAUUGCUGGGCCUUUUGGAUGAGCCUAUACCCAGGACAGAAAGCGCACAGAAGCACAAAAAGGUUCCUCGAAGACAGUCAGACCCCAAGCAGGGAGCAGUAAGAUCGACUAGUAGUGACAGGAUAAUCUCAAGCUCUUUUGAAAGCUAUUCUGAAACACGUCAUCUUUCCACUAGUUCAGAUCCUGAUACUUUAGCGCACAGGGAGGGGAGCUCACCAUCUAGCUAUCCAUUUCAGCUGAUUUCUUUAUAUGAUGAAGACAUCAUUGACUUGAAAUGAAGACAGUCAUAAAACCUUUGUUCCUUACUUCACAUUUUCUUACAACUCUGUGAGCUCUAUGGGAAUGUCACAAACACUGCUUCUGGUGGUAAAAUGUGGCUGGAAGUACUGGUGAUAAAUCUUUAUAGAACCCAUGUUGUUCUGGCUAGCACAGCCUGAUUUGGUGAUGCUUAUAUCUUUGACAUAGGUAUGUUUUCUCAGUUAACGAACCAUUACUUUUUGUGGCAUUCUAACAAGUAGAUAAUCAAUGAUAGAUUUAGGCUGAAACUGAAGUAAAUGAGAAGUAUUACUUGUUCUGAGCUUCUUAUACUUUGAAGUACCUGAAUGACAUGCAGCAAAGUUAAUUGCUGUUGUGUCUAUCAUGAGUUGUUUUACAACAGUGUAUGCCAUGUAAAAAGAGGAAUUUUAUAAUAUAAAUCAAUGCUUUUGGUUUUUCAGUCUUAAACAAAACAACAACAAAAAAAAGAGGCUUGCAGGCAAGGUCAUUUCAAACAAUGCAGUCAGUCUUUGAAAUGAUGCAGCUCUGGUAUGUUCACUGAACAAUCAGGUAAGAUAUGAGGAUACUGCUUUCUUUGCUUUGGCUUGUCCAUGCACAUUGUUUAGAGAAACUUGAAAACUGUUUUGGCAUUAAGAAUCCUUGAGCAGAGAAACUUUUUAUAGAAAACACAAGCUUUCAAAAUAUUUCUUAAGAAUUGGAAGUAAAAAACCCCUAAAAAACCCACAAACAAACAAGCAAAAAAAACCCCAAAUCAAAACCCCAAUCCAUCUACUGGAAAACUUUUAUUGUAGUGCAUCUGCAGAUUUUUCCAUUGCAGGCAGAAGAGCCAACCCCGAUUGCUUUGACUACACAGAGAUUCCUGUGCAGGCAUCAGCGUUAGCUGAUGUCUGCACUAGCACCAACAGUGUAAGUCAUUGUUCCAGACAGUUGUAUUUUUCUAACUGGAUGGAGACUGAAAUUUCACUGAUAAUAAGCUAGUUUUCUAUGAUGAAAUAGUCAUCUUGGCUCUUAUGUUUUAUAUUGGGUUUAUAUUGUAAAGUUGAUUUCUUUUUUUUUUUUUAACCCUUUCUUCCAGAACCCCUUUGCAAGGGGUUUGUUUUGUUUGGUUUUGUUUUUUUUCAUGAAAGCUUGAUGCUUCCAGCCUUUUUAUAUAUGAAGUUUUUAGCUUUAUUAGCAAGUAUUUCUUGUUAUUUAUGUAGAAAUACUCCCGUAUCCUUGAUUUUAUUUCACAGUACCAUUCACAUGUCAUGAUUUCACUUUCUGUUCAAGUCUGGUCAUCUGGAGAUGUGUGCCUUUUUCUGCCAUCUGUCUGAAUGUAAAACUGCUUUUGCAAAGUACUUUUUUCUCAGUUUAUUGUAUAUAAUGGCUGAAUUGCUCCACCUAAGAAAAUAUCUAAGGCUUUAUCUGGAAGCAUCAUUUCUUACUCUCAACUGGAGUGGCUAAUCAAGAGAAGAAGCAAUAUUUUCAACAGCAAUUAGUCUAGGAGCAAAAGGCUAUUAUUACUUUAGUGGGUUUUGCACUCAUAGAUAUGUGGGGUGAGCCUUAAUAAGCAUCUAAAAGGAAGUACCAGAGCAAAGUCUUUGCAAGAGCUUAUAAUUCUUUUUUGAGAAUGUUAUUUCCAGAGACUGUGUUAAUUUACCCUAUCCUUAUUUAUGCGGGCAGCUAAGGUUUAAAAAAUCAAUCUGAAAGUAUCACGUGGUGCUUAUUCUUCUGGAAGCUGUAAACACUUCUGUACUGAAUCCACUUCCAGGGACACUGCUAGCACUUAAAUAUUUUUACAAAGUAAAAGAACCACGUUUCCCAAUAAAAUUUCUCAACGUAGUAUUUAAUUUCUGUUGUGUGGGUGUUUUUGAAGAAUAUACCAGUGUGUUGCAAAACUGGGACUUUAGUUAAAAUAUAAUUUUAACUGGAAACUUUGCUUUGCCCUGUUAGGAUAUCAGAUUUUAAAUACAUUGCAGACGUUCAUCUGUGCUAUUAUAGCAUGAUUUAAAAUUAUUACUAUGGUUCAAUAGCAGUUGAAGCAAUAUAUGGAGAUUUUAAAACUUGUUGUGAAGAACCUGAACAAAUACAUAUUUAGGUAUCCUGAAAGACUAGCCUUAGAGGUGGAGCACUAGAGAGAUCAAGAAAAAUGAGAAGAGCUUGACAGAAAGCUUGACUCCUGCCUAUGAUGGUAGUCAGAAUGCAUAUAGGUGUGGCACUUGUGAAUUCUAGAUAUAAUUAUAGAAGAAAGGGCCAUAAAGCAAGAGUUAUUUUCUUUAACCAGAAAUACAGCAGUAGCUGUAAAGUAUUACUUCAAAUAAGGAGACUGUGUGUGUGUCUGUGUGUGUGAAAGAUCCUUUGAAGGUCUGCCUGUAAUCACAGCAUUGAUGAUAUCUAGCCAAUGAACUGUAAGAGUACAGAUAUUUGAUUGCUUAAGCUAGACAAAACCAGAUCAGCCUUGUACUUAUCUGGAACAGGAUGUUGGUAUCAUUUGAAGAGGGCAGCCCAGCAACUGCAUCCCCUCCUACCUCCCACCUGAAUUUUAUUCUAUAGCUUGAUUUGAUGGGUCAGGUAGAAGCUGUUACUCAGGUCACAGUGAGAACUGCCAGACCUAACAGACUGUUACUCAUAUAGGACAGGAAGUAUCUGAAUCCUGGGAAAAAAAUUACGUAUCUUCAUUCUUAAUGUGUCCAGUAAGUGCCUUAACAAGGCUUCCACUUAUUGAGUUUUUGCUUCUGUAAUUAAUCAGUGCAUCUUACAGGGAUAAUAUCAGACCUAGCAAAAGAAGUAGGGAGGGAUGAUGCAACUUCUAGUUUGUUUUAUGUGACACCUAGAGAUGGUAUUUGAGGCUUUAGGGUCAUGUAAGUGUAGUUUACUACCUGCUUACUGUAUGAGAGCAGCAGAGUAUAGGUAGAAGGCAGAGAACAUGGUAAUAAUAUUCCAGUUUCAUUUGACAUGAGCCACAAGAACCAAAUUCUGUAUCUCAUUUAUUGUGUCAAAAGACAAAAUAUCAACACAAUAAUGUGAAAUUGCUGGCAUAGCAGGACAAAUAUCUACUGUACAAGGACAUGGUUUCUGUGUGUUCUUAAUAGUCUCAUCCGACUACCAUGAAUUCUGUGCUUCUUAGUGUGAUGAGUUGGUAUUCUCUGAACUAGCUUCUAGUCACUGUUUCUCUCAAAAUACUGUCUUAGAUCCCUACCAUUCAGACUGCUAA